AGCAAUUUUGAUUUUUGUGCACUAAAUAUCCUCAAACUUAAACUAACAGCACGACCAACGCAGACACACUCAAAACGCAAACACAUUAGGACAAAACGAACAAAUACAGGAACACAGAGGGGCACCGGCUUGGAACGCCUGGUUGAAACAAGUGGUUGAGAGAACAUGGUAGAGAAUAAAUACAAAAUGAUGUUUUGGAUGCAAUGGUCUUUCAUUUUUCUGAUCCAGUUUUAUUUACAUGUAGAUGGCACAACGGAUCCAUGUACAAGUCACACAACGAUAAAUGACACUACAUUGACGGUUGCGUAUAAAGCAAGUAGUGUCGAUAAUAUCAUCUGUCAGGCAUCAACAACAGUCAGCUGGUACAGAUAUACCGGUACGACCAAUGGAAGAAUGACAAACAAAUGUCCGCAAGAUCUACAGUGCGGAAGUAAAAACCAAAUAUGGUUUAAUGAUACUAUACCAACACUGACUGACGGGGAAGUUCUGAGACAAAUCUGUACCCAUGAAGGUUCUGCGUGUUGUGCGCUAAGCAUCGACAUUAAAACGAAAAACUGCACAGAUUUUAUUGUUUAUCACCUUGUUUCCGCAAAAAACUGUACUAAUUACUGUUUCGAAGCGCCUAAAAGCGGAGGAGGGAACAGUGGUUUGAAAAAUGACAAAGGAGGAGGGAACAGUGGUUUGAAAAAUGACAAAGGAGGAGGGAACAUUGGUUCGAAAAAUGACGCUGCAUCGAUUUUAGUGUGGAUAAUGAUAGCCGUUGUUGUGCUGCUAUGAUGAUUCAAUGUUACGUAACGGUAUUUAAAGUGAACGAGUGUGGUACUUUAUGACAAUGUCCGUAUUUUUAUUGCCAAAAGAUUAAUUGACCAGUAAUUUUAUAUUUUGAAAUAUGUUAAUUUUUGUUUCUUUAAGAUAUUUUCUUGACUGCAAUAACUAGUCCAUUUCUUUCCCGACAAUCCUUAAAUAAAACCAGUUUACUUUCAAAGUUCUGAUAGAUGAAUGUUACUUGGGAGUCCCAGUAUAAAAGGCUUUACGCUGCGAUGCAAAAUAAAUUUCUUCUACAAUUUA